UGCGCGAACGGUUGACGCUGAGGCAGAGAGGAAUCUUCGCGCGGUCAACUCCAGCACUGAUUUCCACUGCAACUAAAGGUGUGUAAAACCGUCGAGGUUGAAAGUGCAAUGGCGUCCUCUGGAGAUAUUCAGGUUAAGGAACUGGACAAGCGUGCCUCAGGACAGGCUUUUGAAGUCAUCCUGAGUCCUUCGGCUCCAGAUGCCAAGGGAGAAUUCCCACUUUCCACCCCCAAGAAGAAGGAGGUAUCUCUGGACGAGAUCCAGAAAAAACUGGAAGCGGCAGAGGAGAGACGCAAGAACCAUGAGGCAGAGGUCCUGAAGCACUUAGCUGAGAAACGAGAGCAUGAGAAGGAGGUCCUUCAGAAAGCAAUGGAGGAGAACAACAACUUCAGCAAGAUGGCAGAGGAGAAACUUAACCAGAAAAUGGAAGCCAACAAAGAAAACCGCACAGCACGCAUGGCAGCUAUGAAUGAGAAAUUCAAAGAGAAGGACAAGAAGCUCGAAGAGGUACGAAAGAACAAAGAAACAAAAGAGGGGGCAGAGGGUGAAAACUAAGUUUCCGCUCUAAUUUUCAUUUUCAUUUAGGGUAUAGUAUUGGGUUUUUUAAUGUAUCCAAAGAUUUAUUUUUUGUUCCAUUAAAUGGCCAGUUUUCCAUGUUUGGAUCCAUGUACUUGCCACGUUUUUAUUAAGGGGUUUUGGGGGAAAGCCGGUGCACAACAUUUCAACAGUUUAUGUGUAUUCAGUUCUGUCUUUCACCAUCCCAUCUAACCUGUAGAUUUGUCCAGUUGCAGCUCUGUAGCGUUUAAAAUGAGCAGUGUUUUACUGAUAGGGAAGCAUGCCUGUGUUAUGCAUAGGUCUAAUAUAUACUUGGUAUACUGCAUUGUGCAAGUCCACCUGUUCCCUUGUAUAUCAGUACUGCCAUCCUAUGAGCUUAAUAAAGUUGCACAGUUGUUUGUUAUUGUACCAGUUUUGCCACUGCCUCUUUGUUGAUCUGUCAGUCAGCCAGAGUGUAAUGUGGAGUAAAACACCUUAAAAUUUGUACAUUAUGGAGAUAAAUGGCAGUUUCUGUAAUUCUAUAUGGAAAACAUGUUUUGCCAGAAUAAUAAUUAGAUCUUUUAGGACACUUUUUGAUGUACUCUUUAUAAUCUGCUUGAGAUUCCUAGUGUGAAAACUAAACAUUUCAUUAUCCAUACACAUUUCCUUUACUAGAUCAUACUUUUAUAGUAAUUUAUACUCUGUAUGCACUAAUAA